ACGACCGGCGCGCUCCUGUCCGCGCACGCUCCUGUUCCUCCGCCAUCACGAUUAAUUACGAUUAAUUCAUUCAUACCUCAUUAAAAACAAUAAAGCAUCAUCACCAGGACCGGAGCGGACCGGAGCGGACACGGUGCUGCUGCUGCUGCCCGACAGACGCCAUGGAUGAUAAGAAGGAGGACAGAGCGGACGGGACUAACUCGGUACAGAGGCGCGAUUCGGCCAAAAAGAGCGGCGGCGGCGGCGGCGGAGGAGGAGGCGCGAGCCCGGGCGCUAAGGAGCACGGUAACUCGGUGAGUCGGGACCACGGCGAGCGCGAGGAGGCGGCGGUGGGGCUGUGUGACGACGCCGAUGCGGCGUGCCAACAGCAGCAGCACGGAUUCAUGCAGCGGCAGAUCGGCGCGAUGAUGCAGCCCGGGGUGAACAAGUUCUCUCUGCGCAUGUUCGGCAGCCAGAAAGCCGUGGAGAAGGAACAGGAGCGCGUGCAGACGGCGGGGUACUGGAUCAUCCACCCGUACAGCGACUUCAGGUUCUACUGGGACCUGAUCAUGCUGAUCAUGAUGAUGGGGAACCUGAUCAUCAUCCCUGUGGGAAUAACCUUCUUCUCGGAGCAGACCACCACCACCUGGCUGGUGUUCAACGUGGCGUCGGACACAAUCUUCCUGGUGGACCUGGUGAUGAACUUCCGCACGGGCAUCGUCAACGAGGAGAGCUCCGAGAUCAUCCUGGACCCCAAGAUCAUCAAGAUGAACUACCUGAAGAGCUGGUUCGUGGUGGAUUUCCUCUCCUCCAUCCCGGUGGAUUAUAUCUUCCUGAUUGUGGAGAAGGGCUUCGACUCUGAGGUGUACAAGACGGCGCGGGCGCUGCGCAUCGUACGCUUCACCAAGAUCCUCAGCCUGCUGCGCCUGCUGCGCCUCUCGCGCCUCAUCAGAUACAUCCACCAAUGGGAGGAGAUCUUCCACAUGACAUACGACCUGGCGAGCGCGGUGGUAAGAAUAUUUAAUCUGAUUGGAAUGAUGCUCUUGCUGUGUCACUGGGACGGAUGCCUGCAGUUCCUGGUGCCGCUGCUGCAGGACUUUCCCCCGGAUUGCUGGGUGUCACUAAACGGUAUGGUUAACGACUCGUGGGGGAAGCAGUACUCGUACGCCCUCUUCAAGGCCAUGAGCCACAUGCUGUGUAUCGGGUACGGAGCGCGGGCGCCCGUCAGCAUGUCCGACCUGUGGAUCACCAUGCUCAGCAUGAUCGUGGGCGCCACCUGCUACGCCAUGUUCGUGGGUCACGCCACCGCCCUCAUCCAGUCGCUGGACUCCUCGCGCCGCCAGUACCAGGAGAAGUAUAAGCAGGUGGAGCAGUACAUGUCCUUCCACAAGCUCCCGGCCGACAUGAGGCAGAAGAUCCACGACUACUACGAGCACCGCUACCAGGGCAAGAUCUUCGACGAGGACAACAUCCUCAGCGAGCUCAACGACCCCCUGAAGGAGGAGAUCGUGAACUUUAACUGCAGGAAGCUGGUCGCCACCAUGCCGCUGUUCGCCAACGCCGAUCCCAACUUCGUGACGGGGAUGCUGAGCAAGCUGAAGUUCGAGGUCUUCCAGCCCAACGACUACAUCAUCCGAGAGGGAACUGUGGGUAAAAAAAUGUACUUCAUCCAGCACGGUGUGGCCAGCGUCAUCACCAAACACAACAAGGAUAUGAAGCUCACUGAUGGAUCCUACUUCGGAGAAAUCUGUUUGCUAACGAAGGGACGGCGCACUGCCAGCGUCCGCGCCGACACCUACUGCCGCCUCUUCUCUCUCUCCGUCGACCACUUUAACGAGGUGCUGGAGGAGUACCCCAUGAUGCGCCGCGCCUUCGAGACCGUCGCCAUCGACCGGCUGGACCGCAUCGCAGCUCAGGUGAACGCUGACGGCCAGUCGAUGCGAAGGAAGAAGAACUCCCUCCUUCUGCAGAAGUUCCAGAAGGACCUGAACGCCGGCGUCUUCAACACCCAGGAGAACGAGCUGCUGAAGCAAAUCAUCCGGCAGGACCGCGAGAUGGUGAUGAUGGUGGAGAGGAGGCAGUCGGUAACGGGUGCCAACUCGACCCCCAUCUCCGGAAACUCCAUCAUUAACUCGCCGGCUCAGCCUCCAUUCGCCAACAGCCAGUUCCAACUCCAGCAGCACUCCGCGCCCAUGACCCCCAUGACCCCCAUGACCUACAGCACCUCCGCGUCCAUCAUCCCUGCCGCCCGCCUGGCCGGCAGCGUGGCUUUCUCUUCACCUGGCAACCCGGUCAUGCCCUUCCAGCAGCAGCAGCCGACACCGGGGGGCGUCAUGUCUCCGUGCUCGUUCACGGCGGCUCGUACCUUCCAGUACGGAUCCCCCACGGCGUCCCAGCUGUCCCUCGUCCCUCAGCUACAGCAGCAGCCGGCGCCACCGCAACCGGCGUCCCAGCCGCAGUCGUCCCCGCAGAGGAACGAGACGAACAGCAGCCUGAGCAGGGACGUACGCCACCUCUCCGCCUCCCAGCCCUCGCUGCCCCACGAGACCUCGCUGGCCGUCAGGCACCCGUCGUCCGGAGAGUCCCUGGCGUCCGUCCAGCCCCCGCCAGGCAUCCCGCAGGUCCCCGUGCCCGCCCAGCAGCAGGUCGCCAUCCGAGCGACCGUCCCGCCCAGGGUGGCGCUCUUCCGCCAGAUGUCUUCGGGCGCUUUACCGCCGGUGCGACCGGCCUCCUCCGCCAUCCAGCACAGGGAUCCGGCGGGAACGAGGCGGGAGUCGGGCGUGCUGAACAGCGGCGCCGAGACUGAACAAGACAAGAUGCGAUUCGCAUCGAAUUUAUGAUUUUUUUCGGGGGGUUUUUGUGUUCGUUUAUUUAUUCUGGGGCUUUUUUUAAAUGAUUUUCUUCAUUUUUUAUGAAGAUUGAAAGACUGGAGUAUUUUUCUUUUUUUCCCCGGAGACGAAUGAUGGUGUAAGUCGAGCCGGGCCGAGCCGAGCCGAGCCGGUGGAUCCCCUGUACAGACUGCGCUUGUAUUAUAUUCUAUUUUAGACGCGUCACCCUCCGCUUACGAAUGUACAUUAUAAAAUAUAUACCUGUAAAUCUGAUUAGAAUAUUCGGCGGGGAAAAAAAUAGUAUAAAUAAACGCAAGUCUUCCUUUUCCAUGUACAUACGACGGACACGCUGGAUUAUUUUCCUUCCUUUAGCUAAGCUGCGACUUUUGGAAGCGUUUCUUAAUUUUAUUUAUUGAAGUCCAGCACUCGGCGGCAUCGUGGCAUCACUGUGGAAAACCGUCAUGGAGAGCACGCCAGCUCGAGAAGCACACUCAUCCCAAAUCAAUAAACAAACCAAUAAAUAAACGAAUAAACUAAUAAAUAAAUAAAGAGGUCUGGACCGAAAUCCCGUCCCGUCCGUUAUCCCCCGUGUCACUUGUAGUGUUCAGGCCGAGACAGUGUUAUGUGUCGCCUCGGCAGACGGGCGGACGCUUUUCUACCCCCUCCCCCCUGAUUUCGGACCGUCGGACAGGAAGGACCGUCGCUCGAUGUUCUGAUGUUUAUAAACCACGAUGGUCACCAUUAUGCAACGGACUGUGCUGUAACCACGAGCUACGUGUGUGUAAAUAUUGUGUAGAGUUAGAACCUGCUGAGUUAUGUGUGGGUGG